GCGGUUUAGAAAGCGGAGGCCUUGGGAGAUCUGGGAGCCCGUAGUUUCGGGAGAGGGUGAGGGGCGAAGGGUGCCCAAGUGCCAGGAGAAGGAAGGACUGUCAAAGAGCCGGUGCGCAGAAGGCUCUCCGGACUCCAGGGGCCCGAGCUCGCGGGCGCCGGAGCGCAGCUCUAGGCGCCGGGCGGCUCUCGCUGGCCACCGAGGGUGCCCCUGUCACAGGAAGUCAGGCCGGGCCCGGAGCCCGGGACCGCGGCCCGAGCAUGGGAAAGCGGUGAGGGUCCCGCCCCGAGUGUUGAAUGUAGCGACCCGAGGGGCAGCCGGCCGCCCGCGCGGGUGAGACCGCUCGGUUUCCUUGGGGGAAACGAGGAGGAGCAGGAUCCCGACUGCAGCGAGAGAGGACCGAGGUGGGAGCCCGAGCCGUCUGGUUUCUCCAGCAAUGGGAAAUCCAGAAAACAUAGAAGAUGCAUAUGUUGCUGUUAUUCGUCCGAAGAAUACUGCCAGUCUCAAUUCUCGGGAAUACAGAGCUAAGUCAUAUGAAAUUUUGUUGCAUGAAGUUCCCAUUGAAGGGCAGAAAAAAAAGAGGAAGAAAGUUUUGUUGGAAACUAAACUUCAAGGCAAUAGUGAAAUAACACAAGGCAUAUUGGAUUAUGUAGUGGAAACUACUAAACCAAUUUCUCCUGCCAACCAGGGUAUCAGAGGCAAACGAGUAGUACUGAUGAAGACAUUUCCUCUGGAUGGAGAAAAGAUGGGCAGAGAAGCGGCAUUAUUUAUUGUUCCAUCAGUUGUCAAAGAUAAUACUAAAUAUACAUAUACUCCAGGAUGCCCAAUUUUUUACUGCUUACAAGAUAUUAUGCGAGUCUGCAGUGAAUCCAGUACUCAAUUUGCUACUCUUACAGCAAGAAUGUUAAUAGCUUUGGAUAAGUGGUUGGAUGAACGGCAUGCACAAUCUCACUUUAUUCCAGCUUUAUUCCGACCCUCUCCUCUUGAGCGAAUAAAAACUAAUGUCAUAAACCCUGCAUAUGCUACUGAAUCAGGUCAGACAGAAAACUCACUACAUAUGGGCUAUAGUGCACUAGAAAUCAAGAGUAAGAUGUUAGCCCUAGAGAAAGCAGAUACCUGUAUUUACAACCCUUUGUUUGGAUCAGAUCUUCAGUAUACAAACCGGGUAGAUAAAGUGGUAAUAAAUCCAUACUUUGGUCUAGGAGCUCCAGACUACUCAAAGAUCCAAAUCCCUAAACAGGAGAAAUGGCAGAGAAGCAUGAGCAGUGUCACAGAAGACAAAGAACGACAGUGGGUAGAUGAUUUCCCUCUCCAUCGAAGUGCCUGUGAAGGAGAUUCAGAAUUACUUAAUCGUCUUCUCAAUGAAAGAUUUUCAGUCAACCAAUUAGAUAGUGAUCACUGGGCUCCCAUUCAUUAUGCAUGCUGGUAUGGAAAAGUUGAGGCCACUCGCAUCUUAUUAGAGAAAGGAAAGUGCAAUCCAAAUCUGUUAAAUGGACAGCUUAGUUCCCCUCUUCAUUUUGCUGCGGGAGGAGGACAUGCUGAAAUAGUCCAGAUUCUCCUAAGCCACCCAGAAAUUGACAGACAUAUAACAGACCAACAGGGAAGAUCUCCAUUAAAUAUUUGUGAAGAAAACAAACAAAAUAACUGGGAAGAAGCAGCAAAAUUGUUGAAGGAAGCCAUUAACAAACCAUAUGAAAAAGUUAGAAUAUACAGAAUGGAUGGAUCAUACCGUUCUGUUGAGCUGAAGCAUGGAAAUAAUACCACGGUACAGCAGAUAAUGGAAGGAAUGCGUCUCUCUCAAGAAACACAGCAGUAUUUCACUAUUUGGAUCUGUUCAGAAAACCUUAGCCUUCAACUCAAGCCUUAUCAUAAACCCUUGCAACAUGUUCGUGACUGGCCAGAAAUUCUUGCUGAAUUGACUAAUUUGGAUCCCCAAAGGGAAACGCCACAGCUUUUUCUGAGAAGAGACGUGAGGCUUCCUUUGGAAGUUGAAAAAAAGAUUGAAGACCCACUAGCUAUUCUUAUUCUCUUUGAUGAAGCCAGAUAUAACUUACUGAAGGGCUUUUAUACAGCUCCUGAUGCCAAAUUGAUAACUUUGGCAAGUCUACUGUUGCAAAUAGUUUAUGGAAAUUAUGAGAGUAAGAAACACAAGCAAGGUUUCCUGAAUGAAGAAAAUCUAAAAUCCAUUGUACCUAUCACCAAACUGAAGAGUAAGGCACCUCACUGGACAAACCGAAUACUUCAUGAAUACAAAAAUCUUAGUACAAGCGAGGGUGUUAGCAAAGAAAUGCAUCACCUUCAGCGCAUGUUCCUGCAGAAUUGUUGGGAAAUUCCCACCUAUGGAGCAGCUUUUUUCACAGGACAGAUAUUUACAAAGGCAAGCCCCAGCAAUCAUAAAGUCAUCCCUGUGUACGUAGGAGUGAAUAUAAAAGGACUUCACCUCCUCAACAUGGAAACUAAGGCUUUACUCAUCAGUCUUAAGUAUGGCUGUUUUAUGUGGCAGUUGGGAGAUGCCGAUACUUGUUUCCAGAUCCAUAGCAUGGAAAACAAAAUGAGCUUUAUAGUGCACACAAAGCAGGCUGGUCUGGUGGUAAAAUUGUUAAUGAAGCUAAAUGGACAGUUAAUGCCCAGUGAAAGAAACUCAUGAAAGGAAAGCAGCUGGUACUCAAGUAACCACAUGUUGUAAUACAGACUUUUUUCCAUGAAAGAUUUCUUAAAGUAUUACUUUGAACAAGGUGUUUAGUCUCUUGUAAUAUAUAUGUAUACUGUUAUGUUGUACAGAAUCUGUACUUAUGUUUGGUGUGUAAUAUACCAAUUAGUUUUAUAUAAUAGCCUUAUAAGCUGUUCUAAUUUUUGAGAGAAACACGUAAAAAUUGUAGAUUGAUGGUCUGUAUAAUAUUAGACGAAAUAGGUAUAUAAAAAUUAUUUUUGGUAAAAUGGUAAAGAAUUUGGAGUGGAAUGUUAAUGAAAUUAAAAUGUAGCUUUGGUAUAGCUUUGUGAAUUAUUUCAAAAUAUAAUGAAAGUCAACAUGAUUUGAAUAAAGAAAAUGUAUUUUCUACUUAGAUCAUAUAACAUUGUUAUUUAAAUUAUUUUCUGCAACCUAUAUACAUUUCUUCAUGUGUUUUUAAACUCUUAAAAUGUAUAGCUGGUAUAAGGUAGUGUUUCUCAAAGUAUAAUUCUUAAACACCUUGGGUCAUAAGUUUGGUUUUUGUUUUGUUUUUUUCUUUUAGAAUAAUUCUAGACCCAAUAAGGAACUUAGAUUAUUAAAGCUGAGAAAUUACACAAAACUGACUAGCACACAAACAUAUAUAGACACAUUUUAAGUGACAGUCUUUGGAUAUUAGUAGUUGAAUUUUUUUUAUUAAUGUAUACUGUAUUUUUGAGUUGACUUAAUGGUUAUUUAUAUUGCCUUUACAUUGUAGGAAGUAGAUCAUCAAAUCUCACUGUUUCAUGUAGCAGAGUGCUGAGAUCACAGGGAAAGAGCCAACUUGACCAAUGUGCUACCUAAUAAGCUAGAAUCUACAGUUUUUCAAACUAAUAGACUAAUGUGUUUUAAAUGAGUUCAGAGAUAAAGUAGUCAUAUUUAAAGUUGCCCUAUGGGAGCUGGUGCUGUGGUGUAGCGGAUAAAGCCGCCACCUGCCGUGCUGGCAUCCCAUUUGGGCGCUGGUUCAAGUCCCAGCUGCUCUACUUCUGAUCCAGUACCUUGCUGAUGCACCUGGGAAAGCAGAGGAGGAUGGUCCAAGUCCUUGGGCUCCUGCACUCACAUGGGUCUAGCUUCAGAUCAGCCCAGCUCCAGCUGUUGAGGCCAUUUGAGGAGUGAACCAGCAGAUGGAAGAUCUCUUUCUCUGCCUCUGUGUUACUCUUUCAAACAAAUAAAUAAAUCUUAUAAAUAAAUAAAAUUGUCAUACAGAAUGAAGAUAAUUUUUAUAAUCAUCUCUUCACAUUAUUUGUUUUAUUCUAUUUUUAAUAUUAUGUCUAAGCCUUAUUAAAAUUAAGAUUGUAUGGCUGGGGCUGGCGUGAUAGCGCAGUAGAUUAAUCCUCUGCCUGUGGCGCCGGCAUCUCAUAUGGGCACUGGUUCUAGUCCCGGCUACUCCACUUCCCACCCAGCUCUCUGCUAUGGCCUGGGAAGGCAGUGGAGGAUGGCCCAAGUCCUUGGGCCCCUGCACCCACAUGGGAGACUGGAAGAAGCUCCUGGCUCCUGGCUUCAGAUUGGCGCAGCUCCAGCCUUUGUGGCCAUUUGGGGAGUGAACCAACGGAUGGAAGACAUUCUCAUUCUCUCUCUCUCUUUCUCUCUCUCUGUAACUCUGCCUUCAAAUAAAUAAAUCUUAAAAAAAAUUGAUUUAUCUUCAAUUCUGUGCUAGGCAUUAUUGAUUCUACAUAAAAUAUAUCCUGCUCAGGGACCAGUGCUGUGGCAUAGUAGGCUAAGCUUCCACCUGUGGUGCCAGUCUCCCAUAUGGGCACCAGAUUGUGUCCCAGCUGCUUUCUUCCAAUGCAGCUCUCUGCUAUGGCCUGGGAAAGCAGUAGAAGAUGGCCCAAGUAGUUGGGCUUCUGUACCCGCAUGGGAGACCCAGAAGAAUUUCCUGGCUUCUGGCUUCAGAACGGCCCAGACCCAGCCAUUGUGGCCUUUUUGGGAGUGAACCAGUGAAUGGAAGACUGUUCUCUCUGUCUCUCCCUCUCUCUGUAACUCCACCUCUCAAAUAAAUAAAAUCUUAAACAAACAAACACAAAAAACCCCGAUGGCUUCUGUUGUUACCAAAUAACCUGUUGAUUCGCAAACCUAAAAUUUCAGCCUCAACCUCUCUUCUAGAACUGUAGAUCUUUUUUCUUUUCUUUUUUUAAUUUGAGAGGUAGAGUUAUAGAGAGGGAGAGACAGAAAAGUCUUCCAUCCACUGGUUCACUCCCCAAAUGGCCACAAGGGCUGGGGCUGGGCUGAUCCAAAGCCAGGAGCCAGAAACUUCUUCCAGAUCCCCAAAGCAGGUGUGGGGACCCAAGCAUUUGGGCCAUCUUCCAUUGCUUCCCCAGGCUGUAGCAGAGAGCUGGAUCAGAAGAGGAGCAGCAAACUGGUGCCUGUGUGGUAUCCCAGCACCGCAGGCAGAGGCUUAGCCUACUAUGCCACAGCACUGGCCCCUAGAACUCUAGAUCUUAAUUUCCAAGUUGUGUUAUUUUUGCUCCAUCCAAAUGGCCUACAGAGAAUUUAGGUUUUAUCAUAGCUAGAAGAAGAAUUUGUUUCCUCUUUUUUCCAUUCUGUCUUUGCACUCAUAUUUCCUAUUUGAUUAAUGGCAUAAUGAAGUUACGUUCAGUUGCUUAGCCUAGAAAUCUUGAUAUGGUCUUCAACUUCUUUCUUUUCUCAUGCUAUACAUUCCAUUGAUCAAGUCCUAUCAAAGUCUUAUGAAUCUUUUCCUAGUCUCUUUCCUCAUUCCCUGCAGCGACACUGAAGCCCUCAUUCAUUCCUUGGCUUAUAGUACAGUCACGCAUCGCUUAAUGACAGGGAUACAUUCUCAGAAAUGCAUCAUUGGGGGCCGGUGCCGUGGCUCACUUGGUUAAUCCUCCACCUGUGGCGCUGGCAUCCCAUAUGGGCGCCGGGUUCUAUUCCCAGUUGCUCCUCUUCCAGUCCAGCUCUCUGCUGUGGCCCAGGAGGGCAGUGGAGGAUGGCCCAAGUGCUUGGGCCCCUGCACCCACAUGGGAGACCAGGAGGAAGCGCCUGGCUCCUGGCUUCAGAUCAGUGCAGUGCUGACCGUGGUGGCCAUUUGGGGAGUGAACCAACAGAGGGAAGACCUUUCUCUCUGUCUCUCUCUCACUGUCUGUAACUCUGCCUGUCAAAUAAAUUUAAAAAAAAAUUUUUUUUAAUUUAGAAAUGCAUCAUUAAGUGAUUUCAUACUUGUUCAGACAUCAUAGAGUAUACUUAUGUAAACUGAUCUGGCUACAACAUUACUACAUGACAUAAUCUUUUUUUUUUUUUUUUUUUUUUUUUUUUGACAGGCAGAGUUAGGGAGAAAGAGAGAGAAAGGUCUUCCCUCCGUUGCUUCACACCCCAAAUGGCCGAAGCCAGGAGCCAGGUGCUUCCUCCUGGUCUCCCAUGCGGGUACAGGGUCCAAGCACUUGGGCCAUCCUCCACUGCCUUCCUGGGCCACAGCAGAGAGCUGGCCUUGAAUAGAAGCAAGCGGGACUAGAACACGGUGUGCCGGCGCGCAGGCGGAGGAUUAGCCUAGUGAGCCACAGUGCCAGCCAACAUAAUUUUUUUUAAAGAUUUUAUUUAUUUGAGAGGUAGAGUUACAGACAGUGAGAGGCAGAGACAGAGAGAAAGGUCUUCCUUCUGUUGGUUCACUCCCCAAAUGACCAAAACGGCCAGAGCUGCGCUGAUCCGAAGCCAGGAGCUUCUUCCAGUUCUCCCAUGUGGGUGUGGGGGUCCAAGGACUUGGACCAUCUUCUACUUCUUUCCCAGGCCAUAGCAGAGAGCUGGAUUGGAAGAGGAGCAGCCGGGACUAGAACUGGUGCCCAUAUGGGAUGCUAGCACCGCAGGUGGAGGGUUAACCUACUUCGCCAUGGCGGCGGCCCAACAUGAUAUAAUCUUAUGCAACCACCACCAUGUACAAAUCUGCCCAUUACUGAUGGAAACAUCAUCCUGCAGCUUAUGACUGUAGCUCCUACCCCUACCUCAGGCUCUACACCCUGAUGUCAAGUUAACCCUUUCCAAUUCCCUAGGAAAAUCUUACAUGGUUCCCCUUUACAUGUAGAAUUAAAUUUCAAAAUUCUUUAGAGUUGAACAUAGGGUCCUUAAUACUCUGUAACUCACCUACCUAUUCAGAGUAAUGUCUAAGCACUUCUACUCUAUCCUGUGCUCCAACUUGAUGUUUCCUUUCUCUGGCUCUACAGUCCCAAGAUGAAAUUGAAUACUUUUCUGGUUUCUAUUUUUUGGGUAUCCUGGGUGCUUUUGAAGUAUAGCUAGGAGUUAGAGUUGUUGUUAAUAAUGAAAUUUAUCUAGGAGAUAGCUGAAUGUUUUUCCUUUCAAAAGCAGGAGUGAGAGUGCAAGUGGUACCACGUCAAACAACUUGUUCUGCAGAAUACAGUGUACAUUCCUGAAGUUGAAUAGUAUUGCUGCACCAUUAGGAAGGGAAGAGGGGACUAUUAGAAUAGUGGAAUAUUAUAAACUGUUAAAAGUGACAUUUAAAAAAAAAGUGACAGUCAUUUUUCAAAAUUAGAAUUGAGAAAAAAUAAUCAUCAUUAUUUAUAAGACCUAACAAAUUAGAAAUGAAAGAAUAAUGGGGAAACUCAAAAACCUUUUAAGAUAAGAUACUGGGUUUUUCUUGUGUGUGUGUUUUUUGUUUUGUUUUUGUUUUUUUUUGUUUGUUUGUUUUUGACAGUCAGAGUUAGUGAGAGAGAGACAGAGAGAAAGAUCUUCCUUUCGGAUCGCGCUGCGCUGAUCUGCAGCCAGGAGCCAAGUGCUUCUCCCUGUCUUCCAUGCGGGUGCAGGGCCCAAGGACUGGGACCAUCCUCCACUGCCCUCCCAGACCACAGCAGAGAGCUGGACUGGAAGAGAAGCAACCGGGACUAGAACCCUGGGUGCCGGUGCCACAGGCAGAGGAUUAGCCUAGUGAGCCACGGUGCCGUCGAUACUGUUUUUUUUUUUUUUUUCCUUUUCAUUAUUCUUCAUGUAAAUUGGAGUACCUUUUACAUGCCAGUGAUCCAGUGAUUAGAAAAAGCCCUUGCCUUAAGGGAACAAGGUUUAAUGAGGAAAGAGCAGCUAUCUAAGUUAUUGCGGAUUAAGAGAGAUUUGAGAAGACCAAAGGGGUAUAAAGCAUAUUCAAGGAGAUAACUGAAAACAUUUGAAACCCAGAGAAAAAUAAAACUAACCAUAUACAGGAAAAUUAUAGAUCACCAAUAACAAUCAGUUCAAUCAAGUCUGCCCCAAGAUAUAAUCAAGUUGACUCUCCAUGACUAAAGAUAAAGAGGAUUCUCAAAGCCACUAGAGAAAGAAACCUAACACAAGGCUGUCCCAAUUUGCCUGACUGCACACUCUUCAGCAGAAACCUUGCCUGCCAGAAGGGAGUGCUCAGUAAGUACUAAAGGAAAGACAGCGUCAACCAAGAAUUAUACCCUGCAAGACCACACUAUAGAUACGGAGAGAUAAAGGUAUUCCUAGAAUGUAUCAUAACCAGAUGUUAAACUCUUCAAAUUGAGGGAGUUCUAACAAGCAAGGAGAAAGUAUCAGAAGACAAAAGUUCCAUGAAUGCAGAGCCCAGAAAUAAACCCAUGUAUUCUCAACCGAUUUUUUGAACACAUUUCUAGGAACAUUGGAGAAUGGACCACUUAUGAAUAACAUACUGGGAAAAGUGGAUAUCCACAUCCAGGAGAAUGUAACUAGACCCCCGUCUUUCAUGAUAAAUAAAAACUAGCUCAACAUGGAUGUUUUCUUUUUAAAGAUUUAUUUAUUUAUUUGAAAGGCAGUUACAGAGAGGCAGAGGCAGAGACAGAGGUCUUCCAUCCACUGGUUCACUCCCCAAAUGGCCACAAUGGCUGGAGCUGUGUUGAAUUGAAGUCAGGAGCCAGGAGUUUCUUCUAGGUCUCCCACAUUGAAGCCACCGCCUGCAGUGGUGACAGAAGAAGCUCCUGGCUUCAGACUGGCCCAGCCCUGGCCUGCACUGCAGCCAUCUGCGGAGUGAACCAGUAGAUGGAAGACAUAUUCUCUCUCUCUCUCUCUCUCUCUCUCUCCCUCUCUCUGUAACUCUUUUUAAAUAAAUGUAAAAAGCACAGAAAACAAAAAAUGUAUGGAAUUUCUCAAACCGAAAAGCUCCUACACAAUACAUAUGAAAGACUACGUAACGUGUAAUGUCAAAAACUAGUAAGUAGGAGAGUUGAAUCCAAAAUCUAACAAUCUGGUUUCUGAAUUCAGACAUUAGUUUGGUAAAGGAGAGGUAACUACAGAGGAUUUAAAACCAAACUAUGAAGAGUGUUCCCUGCUAAUGGGGAGCCACUGACUAACUCAGAUUUGCAUACUGAAAGACCACCCUGGGCCAGUGCAUAUACAGGAGGGCUCCAAGUGGGGAUUCUGAGUAACAAGGUGUAAGGCAACCUGGGCCUAACCUAAGGUAAUGGCCAUGGGAGAGACCUUUUAGAUGGGGGAAUAAUGGAAAGGGGAGAGUACGAACAAUUCCCCUCUCUGUCCUGAGCAGCUGGGAAAAUGGUGCCAUAUACUGCCUACAGUAGCGGGUAGGAGAGGAAGUUUUGAAGAAAUAAAUAGAGUUCCUGGUGCCCAGGGGAAUGCUGAUGGAGAUGUGCAACAGACGCUCCAGUUCCCGGGGCUGAAGUUCACAAGACUGCAGGAGAUGGCAGUGGAAUACAGGAACAGACUGAACACCACCAGGGAGAGAGCAGAGAUGCAAACCCACAUUUGAGAAAUGUGCAAAGGUAGGGGAGUCCACAAAGCAUCCUAUUAGGACAAUGGAUGUUGGUAUGGAAAAGAAAUAGCUUGGCUCCAUUUUGCAUAUGGUGUAGCCAAUAAAUUUUAUAUGUCAAAAAGUAAACAUUAAAAGAAUAUUUGAUGUUACUAGGGAAGAUAGACCAGCAUAUUUUAGUGUCAGCAUAUUCAUCUAUGUAUAUUUUUAAAUGGCUGAGAUAAGAGGUGUUCAAUGACUGAUUAUGAAAUUGGAAGUUUAGGGGCCAGCACUGUGGUGUAGCACGUAAAGCCCACUGCAGUGCCGGCUUCCCAUAUAGGCACUGGUUUGAGUCUCGGCUCCUCCACUUCCAAUCCAACUUCCUGCUAACGCACCUGGGAAAGCAGAAGAUGGCCCAAGUUCUUGGGCACUUUCUCCCAUGAGGGAGACCCAGAAGAAACUCCUGGUUUUGUCCUGGCUCAGCCCUGACCUUUUACAAUAUUUUUUUUUUUUUUAUUUUUUUGACAUGCAGAGUGGACAAUGGGAGAGACAGACAGAGAGGAAGGUCUUCCUUUUCCGUUGGUUCACCCCCCAAUGGCUGCUGUGGCUGGCGCACCGCGCUGAUCCAAAGCCAGGAGCCAGGUGCUUCUCCUGGUCUCCCAUGGGGUGCAGGGCCCAAGCACCUGGGCCAUCCUCCACUGCACUCCUGGGCCACAGCAGAGAGCUGGACUGGAAGAAAAGCAACUGGGACAGAAUCUGGCGCCCUGACCGGGACUAGAACCCAGGGUGCCGGCACCGCAGGCAGAGGAUUAGCCUAUUGAGCCGCGGCGCUGGCCUACAAUAUUUAUUUUUAUUUAUUUAUUUGAAAGGCAGAGUUACAUAAAGAGACACAGAAUAAGAUCUUUCACCCACUGUUUCACUUCACAAAUGGCCACAACAGCAGAAGCCAGGGGCCGGGAGCUUCUUCCUGGUCUUAUGCGUGGGUUCAGGAGCCCAAGCGCUUGCGCCAUCUUCCACUGCUGUCCCAAGUGCUGUCCCAACUGGAUCAGAAAUAGAGUAAUGGGGUGAGGGAGCGGUGCUGUGGUGUAGCGGGUAGAGCCACCACCUACAGUGCCGGCAUCCCAUAUGGGUGCUGGUUCAAAUCCCAGUGUAGAAUCAGAAUCAAAAUGGAGUGAGUGUGGCUAAAAGCUAAUUGCAGGUCUCUUGCUUCUGUACAUAUCAGCUUUGCUUGCUGGCAGCCAAGGGUAUGACUUGUGAAACUAUGUGGACCCAAAUUCCCAGGAACUAGGUUGACCAAAAUGUGUCCUUCACUGUUAUCUUAACAACUAAAUCUUGGGUCUGUUAUUGGGUUUGUUAUUAUUAACUGUUUCUUACAACCAUAUUCUGGUUUUCCUCUUUAUUGUUCACUGCAUACUAGGGGCCCGGUUUGAAAUUGUGAGCCCUAGUGGACAGAAUACUAUAAAAAGCUGUGUAACCUGCUGUUGGGGGCCGCACUCUGGUAAGGAGUGUUGGUCCCGAUAAGUGGCUGAUCCUAAUUGGUUACCUUGUCUCUCAUGUGUCUCUCAUUUGCUUCUCAUUUUCAAUAAAAUGCAUGUCUGACUGUCA